AUGUCGCCCCCCUCCAUCACGCCCAUCAUCUCGCCUCCGCCUGCCUUCCAGGACACGACGCAGCGCUACCAGACGGCGCCUCGGCUGCGCAGCGGCGGCGGCGGCAGCAGCAAGACGCCGUUCCUGCCGCGCAGCAACGCGCUCGUCGUGGAGAACGAGAUGGCGAGCCCGCCGCCGUCGCCGCCGCCCCCGCAGCUGCCGCUGCCGCUGCCCUCCGGCUGGAGCACGCUGCCCGCGGGGGUGGGCCUGCGCGCGCGCCGCCUCACGCCUUCGCCCGUGGGGACGCCGGCGGGGCGGCGCUCGCAGUUCCACCAGAAGCGCGACUCCUCGUCCACCAGCUCGUCCUCGUCCUUCGGCUUCCGCAGCCUCGACUCGUGCGCCGGUGCGCUGGGCGGCGCGCGCGCCAUGCCGCGCCUCUCCGAGACAGACUCCUCCGUCGGCGGCUACGAGGACGGUGACGAGCUCGACGACCGGCGCGACUCUUCGCUCAACCUCAGCAGCUUCUCCUCCUCCGUCACCGUCGUCAACUCGUCGCCCGAGACGCCGUCGCUCAAGGAGCGCGGCAGCGUAGGCGGUGGCAGUGGGGGCUCCACCGGGGGCGGCUCCACGCUGGCCAACGGGCCGCCCACGCCGCCGCCGCCGCUGUCCGAGACCAGGGUCUCCCCCAGGGGCAGGUCCCACAACCACCGCUCGCACCCGCUGCGCAGGUCCCCAGGUUCGGACGGCAGCAAGAAGCAGCUGGCGUCCAACGACUCGUCGUCCUCCUCCUCGUCGAGCAGCAUCAGCAGCAGCAGCAGCUGCGGGGGCGGCGGGGGCGGCGGCGGCGGAGGAGGGCGGUACCGGCGCCAGGGCGGGGGCGGCGGCGCGCCCAAGCCGGGCACGGUGUCGGCGCACGUGUACCACACGUGGGACGGCCGCAACCGCGUGCGCCGUUCCCGCUCCCUGCAGCUGCCCGAGACCAAGUCGCCGUCGCCGGGACACGCGGGCCCGCAGCCGCCGCCGCCGGGGUCUCAGCCCGGCACCGUCAACACCACGCCCCCUGCCCCGACGCCGGAGUACCAGUACUUCCUGGUGAAGAACUACCGCGACAAGCCGUCGACUACGCAGUACUACCACCAGGCCACUAGCGACCAGCACCGCGUGCUCGUCAAGCUGCCGCAGGAGUCCUCCAGGAGGCAGUACAUGCAGCACACACGUAAGGCACAGUCUGAGGACUGCCGCUACGACGACUGGGAGGCGGUGGCGGAGGAGGCCCGCGCGGUCACGGAGUACCUGUACGGGACGCGGAGCCGCGCCGCGGCCAGGGCCCUGCUGGCUCAGCGCUACCACUCGUCCGACCAGCCGGAGGAGCCGGCGCGCCGCAAGGACAACGGCCGCCCCUUCAACGUGUUCGUGGUGCGCAAGACGAACCCGCACAACCACCACGACGGCUCGCACCUCCACCACCACCAGCAGGUGCCGGCGCCGCCCCCGCAGUACGUGCAGCGGCCGCGGCGCAGCCUGCAGCGCGGCGUCACGACGCCCACCUCGGCGGCCGACGCCAACCCGUGCAACCCGGACACGUGCGACUUCUGGCCGCACUGCGCGCACCGCGACUCGCUCUACCCGCCCACCAAAUCGUCGACGCCGUCGCCGUCCUCGUCGGCCGGCAAGCUGCCGCCGUCCGCGGGCGGCAACGGAGGGCUGUCGAUGCGCGCCUCGCAGAGCUACCCGUCCUCUUCCGCCUCCUCGGCCGCGUCCAGGAGUCGCAACGGCGCCGGACGACGGGCGCACCACGACGCUCCCGACGAGAAGGCGGCGUCGGCCGGGUCGGCGCCUCCCGCGUCGCGGCGCUCCAACGGGUCGGGCGCGCGCUCGUCGCCGCCGUCGCUGGACCGGCUGGAGGAGUACGACGCCCUGACGCGCAAGAUCCAGAGCGUGCUGGACGGCGCCGCGGCGGCUACGUGGCGCGCCAGCAACGGGCUCGACAAGCAGCAGCACCGCCGCUCGGCGCUGCUCGGCGAGCGGCCCAAGACCGUGGACGCGGUCGGGCCGCCGACCCCGCCGCAGCACUCGCCGCAGCAGCAGCAGAAGGCGCUCAAGGCGCUGCGCGGCAACGGCGGGCUCUCCCUGGACCUGGACGCGCUGCCGCUGGAGCACCACCAGCGCGGCAGCACCAAGACCUCGCCCGUGUCGGUGCCCGGCGCCAGCCGGUCGCCGUCCAACAAGGGCGGCGGCGACUCCUCCUCGUCGUCCGCGUCGUCCUCGUCGAGCGACGUGUGGGUGACGACGUCGGACCGCACCGUGACCAAGUCCCCGCGCACGCACAAGAGCUCGGGCGCGUCCACGCCGCUGGGCAGCGCUGGCAGCGGUUCGGCCGGCUCGCGCGGCCGCUUCCUGGGGUCGGGCUCGGCCGGCAGUGGCAGCGCCGAGCGCGAAGCCCCGGUGUCGCGGCCGGGCAGCGCGCCCACGCAGGACGAGGACGGCGGCCCGCAGAGGACGCUGGACGCCCAGCAGCGGUCGCUGUCGCUGCCCAAGUCCUUCCUCUCCGAGCGCUACGGGCUCAAGCCGGCCAAGCACAGGUAA